AAACUCCUCCAUUAUUUACAGAAGAUGAGUCUCACCAGGCAGGUUGACAAAUGCAGAAAUGGCUCCCAGUUCCAGCAAGCUUUUGCCUUUGCUGCUCGUACUGCUUCUUUCGAAACCUGCAUUUUCUGCAAUCGUAAAGACACUUCCGGGUUUCUCCGGCGAAUUACCCUUCACACUUGAAACAGGGUACAUAAGUGUGGGUAAUGUGGAGUUUUUCUACUAUUUUGUUGUGUCAGAGUCGAACCCAGGUGCUGAUCCCCUUCUUCUUUACCUCAAUGGAGGCCCGGGCUGUUCUGGUUUGAAUGGCUUCUUGUUCCAGAUUGGUCCAUUAAAAUUCAACAUCACGGAUUACACUGGGGGCUUACCACAAUUGUUGUACAUAGCAAAUGCAUGGUCUAAGACAGCUAACAUCAUAUUUCUGGACUUUCCUGUUGGCGCUGGUUUCUCAUAUGCCACGUCUUCAGAUGCUUGGAGCACUACAGACACUGAAUCAUCACAACAGGCCCAUUAUUUCCUCAGAAAUUGGUUGGAAAAGCACCCAGAUUACCAGACAAAUCCAGUCUUCAUUGGCACCGACUCGUAUGCGGGAAUACAGGGUCCAAUGAUUGCUGUUGAUAUCAUGAAAGGCAACACAGCUGGACUCAACCCGCUGGUGAAUCUCAAAGGAUUAUCACUUGGAUGUCCACACACAGAUACAACUAUUGAAGCAAAUGCAAAAAUACCAUUUGCUCAUCGUCUAGCACUAAUUUCAGAUGAAAUGUACGAGUCAGCUUUAGAAAGUUGCAAUGGAACAUAUACAGAUAUUGAUGCUAAUAACACAGCAUGUGUAGAGGCUGUUGAUGCUAUAGACGAGUGUAUCGAAUUAAUAAGUGAUCAGAACGUUUUGGAUCCAAACUGUGCAUUUUUGUCACCCCAUGCCAAAGAACUAAAAGCUCGAAGAUAUCUUAGAGGAAACAACAGAAACGUCAUCCUUUCAUCCCUAUCGACUCAUGACCUUUAUUGCCAUAACUUUGACUAUUUGCUCUCUGAUAUUUGGGGAAAUUACAAAAGUGUCCAAGAAGCGUUGCACGUUAGGGAGGGAACAGUUACUGAAUUCUUUAGGUGCAAUAUUUCCUUGUCCUACACAGUGAAUGUGAAUUCUGUCGUCGCAAUUCACAAGAAUCUAACCGAAUUGGGUUUACAACUUCUGGUUUUCAGUGGUGAUCAUGACAUGGUAAUACCUCACAAUGGCAUUGAGGAAUGGAUAGGAUACUUGGAUUUAACAGUUGACACAGAUUGGCGACCGUGGUUUGUUAAUGGUCAAGUUGCAGGGUACAUUGUGAAGUAUACAAACAGCGGAUAUCGCUUGACCUAUGCAACUAUUAAGGGAGCUGGUCAUUCGCCUCCUGAGUACAAGCGUGAUGAAUGUUUUACCAUGUUUCAUAGAUGGAUCCAUUACUAUCCUAUAUAAAGUAGAUUUGUGAUAAGAAAAUGCUGUAUUGUUUAGGUCACACAUGCAGCAGAUAUCUUGCACAAUGCAGUUCCUAUAUGCAUUUACUAAUUUCAGCUGGAUAAGGAGAGACAGCAAAAUUGAAAUAAUGUUCAAGAACGGUU